UCUCCAUGGCGGAGAGAAGGAUUCCUUCCGGCAGCGGUAGUGGAGGUCAGGUAUUUCCAGAUUAUCGUCCUGCUCUUCCUCCUCCUCGGCCUUGGAUUGCGCCCGGGAUGUGGCAGCCGCAGCCUCAUCGGGCAAUGUACGAGGAGACGAUCAAGCGCUUGGAUAAUGCGGCCGUCACAGCUUACCAGCAGGCUCUUGGCGAUGGCAACGGUGUCACAGUCGCGGCGGUUCUCGGCAGAAUGCUGUGUCAGCUGGGGAUUUACUCGCUGGAGUCGAUUGGUGUGCAAAUGCACCAAGUCCCUUGCUUGAGAACGCUAUCGGCAAUCGAAGGAAAGGUGAACGCCUAUAUAGUGGCUUAUGUUGCAGGGAACCGGAUCACGACGCUCCACGACCUGGUUCUCGGGCUGUGCGAGGAGGAACGAGUUGAUACGUUUGAUGAUCUUGGCCUUGGACCUGUCGUAAAACACGCCCUCGUCCAGCAAAUUUUUUCUGCCGGAUUGAUGCAAGUUUACAAGAUUACUGCGUUGGAGGUUUUAGAGGACUUGAACAGGGUGAUGGAGAAAAAACAGCACGUUGAUCCGGCUGCUCUACUCUCCUUCAUUGCCGAAGAGAGAAGUGUGGACGUCAAAAGACUCUGCGUUCGCAUUCAAAGCCUCGGGAUGUACAUUGGUAUCACUCGGGAAGUGAAACGGAAAGAAAAAGAAGCUCUACAAAAGUGGGAGGCAAACAUGAAGAAAGCCCGCGAACAGAGGGAAGCUAUACAGAGAGCCCUGAGAGGAACGCAAACCAACACUAACGUCGAAUCCUCUGCGUCCCAGAAACCUUCACACAUACGGUUCUGCUACUCCGAUUCUGAUUCUGACGACAACAAGGCAGUACCUCCGAGGCAUAGCACAUGUCCAUUUCCAUCCUCACGAGAAGAACAGAGAAAACCUUGUGGAGAAAUGGUGGACAACGAAUUUUCUCUCAAAAAAUCUGCUGUCUCUGAUUUUGUUCGUACUUGGAAGCGCUGUUGCCACGAUUCUCCAGUGACCGAGGUACUUAAGCGAAUGCUUGCUCAAGUAACCAGUGAAAAGAAUUUGAGGAGGCUUUUCAAACUCUUUAAAACUCGUCCAGCACUUGCAUUGCUGAACAUCGCUGUAGCCUCCAUGAAAGGCUGCUUUCAUUCGUCAGAUGAAGACAUGGAUGCAACAGUGCAAUGCUCCACUGCAGAAGUGGAAAAAGCUUUUGAGUCGCUAUCGGGAUUCGACUACGAAAUCAGCAGAGCAUCGAUUGUUGAGUUUGUAGCAACGUGGAGAGAUACUUGCCGCGACUGUUCUGUGGCUCAGGCACUGAAUCACAUUCUAGCGGAUACCAAGGGAAGUCGUAAAGUUCGCUACUUCAAAUUCUAUCCGGUGGCUCAAAUACUUCAUGUUGCUUUAGUCUCUAUCAAUUCUGGAGAAUGGGACGUCAUAGCUCCAGAAGCGAUCUCUGAUGACGACGACGUAGUAGCUCUUGUGGAAGCUCCUCCCGCGUGCACUGGUACCAAUGACGAGGUUUUCUCAGUGAUCAAGGAACAUUUUGAACGAUACGUUCCAACAACGCACGGGAAUGGCAGGUGGUGGUGCAAUGUUCUGAAUUGGGCCAUUGGCUGUGAGAAGCUGCUUUACAGUUCAUUCACAGAUAAGGUGUUUUCCAGUCUAGGAUGCAAAAGUCUUCUGAACUAUCUGGAAGUGCAUCUCGACAGGGUGAUGGUGAUGGAAAACAGAAGCUUAAUCGAUACCACUACAGUUCCACGGAAUCGCAUGCAAGCGUUUGGUCGGCAAGCGUCGAAUGCAGAUGCCACUUUGUCAGAGAAGGAUAUAUCAGUCCGGUGCUGCAAGCAGUUCAAUCUAGCAACGACAAGCUUUGAGGAUCUUACCCCAGAUGAUAUCAGGAGACCAAGCACAGUUUACUUCUCGGUAGCGUUACUUGGGGAAUAUUUGCCAAAUUUCAGUGCCAAGGUUGGCAAGCUUGGAAGUAAGACAGACGCAGAUGCCGAAGCAUGUCUCGUAAAGGCACCAAUGCUAGCUGACUUGACACUUUGGUCGCAAUGGACGGACAUCUAUGAGCCUCAACUUGGUCCUCUUCUAGAGUGGCUCGAGCAUGGAAGAUGCAACCGGCAGGUUCUAGCUGUUGCGACCAGGGAUGGCAAGCUCUUGCGAGUAGAUGGAGAUGCAAGCGUAGAUAGCUUUCUCGAUGCAGUUAUAAACGGGCGGUCUUUGGAUGUUGCGGCGCAGCUGGUAUCUCUAGUAGUGUUGUACGGAGGAGCAGCAAGAACUCCAAAAGCGCUACUCCAGACACAUGCGCUUAAAGGGCUACAAAUAUACUUCGAUCGAGCAAGGGUAAACAAUGGCCGGAAAAGGAAGCAGGAAAACCGUCACGAAGCAGCCUGCUUUAUACUUGACUGCCUUGCAAGCGCGCCUCACGAUUUUAUUGAGUUCUCGGCGGAGGUUCUUUACGCUGGACUUUCCAGAGUGUUCCCGGAUGCUGGCUCCCUACUUCUACAAAACUGUAGCAGCGUCCUUCAUCACUUGAUGCUUCACAGGGUGGGAUUGGCGUUGGGCGUUCCGCAGUGGAUUAACGACUACUCCACUUUUGAAGCUGCAAGUCAUGCAGAUGAGAGCUAUCGGGAUAGCUCUUCCGCCUGUGAGAACCACUUCAAGAAACCGAGGCGUGACGAGACCGUUUUGUCUGAGCGACAACCGGGUAGUCAAGCCCGUUCUGUGAAGAAGGAGGUGGCUGAUAUGUCGGAAGAAAGCCUCGAUAGUGAUGCGAGAGAAGUGGUACGAAUGAUACGUAAGGACGAGUUUGGUUUCGAGGAACAAGACGAAGUAACUCAGUCUGGACUACUUGCGAAGCAGCAUGCUCGAAUGGGCCGUGCCUUGGAGUGCCUUUCUCAGAAUUUGUAUUCGGAAGAUUGUCACUUCAUCCUUGAGCUGGUGCAAAAUGCCGAUGACAAUAGCUAUCCUCUGAACGCCCAUCCCACACUCGCUUUUAUCAUUCAAAAAGACCGGAUCGUCGUUUUAAACAAUGAGAAGGGCUUUACAGCGAAGAACAUCCGUGCUCUUUGUGAUGUCGGGAAGUCCACAAAGAAAGGGGUACCUGCAGGCUACAUUGGACACAAAGGAAUAGGAUUCAAAUCAGUCUUCAGAGUCACAGAGUCUCCACAAAUACAUUCAAACGGCUUUCACGUCAAGUUCGACAUAUCAGAGAGCUCUAUCGGCUUUAUCUUACCGACGUGGGUGCAGUCUCCUCUUGAUAACGCUUACCUUGAGAACGUCCUUUCACAAGCAACUGGAGAAGAUACCUGGUGCAUCAACACUCGUAUCGAUCUUCCUCUUCGGGCGUCCGUAGUCGAGGCCAACUCUAUGUCACGCAUGUUCCAAGACGUACAACCCAAACUACUACUCUUCCUUCACAAGCUGCGAACGGUUGUCGUCAAGAACGAAGCAUCGGAUUCGUGCUUGACCAUGCGUCGUCAAGAUAUUGGAAACAACAUCAUCAAGCUGACAGAUGGAAGGAGCACAGGUACUUUUCUCGUCGUGAGGCAGCUUCUUGACGCGCCUAUGGAUCGGGCUGGGGUUCCGGACACUGAGCUUGCUCUUGCUUUCGAGCUGAAGGAGAGCCGUGAUGGACACUACGCGGCACUUGCCGUUCAGCAACAGGUGUUCGCCUUUCUACCAGUACGCUCUUACGGGCUGAAGUUCGUCGUACAGGGCGACUUCAUUCUUCCAUCUUCACGGGAAGACUUGGACCGGGACAGUGCAUGGAACCAGUGGUUACGUGCUGAGGUUCCAAAGCUCUUCCUACAAUCACUCCACUGCUUUCAAUCAUCUGCAGUCUUUGGAAGCCGCAUUGAAGCUAUAUCAAGCUACUUGAGCUACGUUCCCGUUGAAGGCGAGGUGCUUGGUUUUUUCUCUUCGGUCCCGAGGAUUAUUCUAUCCUUGCUACGAGCUGCUCCUUGCCUGCCUGUUGAAGGUUCAGAGCUCUGGUCGCUGCCAUGCACAACCUUGAGAGGAUGGGGCGACGCAUUUCGACUGCUGGUACCCGAUGACAUGCUGAAAAAGUAUUUGGGACUGCUCUACCUUGACAGAGAGGUGAUCAUCAGCGAUAUUCUUGCAUCGGCCUUGGGAGUUCCGGAGUAUGGAGUGGAGACGCUGGUUGGCUUGCUGAAAGCUGCUGCUAAAUCGCUGGACGACCUGGGAAUAGAAUGGCUGCGAAGGUGUCUUGUGGAAAUCCACAAGUGCUUUGCCUACGAGAAACAGAACUUUGUACAUCAGGAGCAGAAGGUGGCGGGAACUCUGCGAGGUGUUCCUUUCAUUCCUCUAUCUUCUGGCGGAUUCACAUCACUAGAGGACGGACUAGUUUGGUUCCUUGAUGGCGAAGGUUUACAGGGACACUCUAAAGAUUUCCUGGACCUCUAUUCGGACAUUAGAACCGUGAGUCCGUUCCUUAUCGACGAGGAAAGCACCGCUGGUACUAUAAAGGAGAUGCUUGUGAAGCUGGGGGUUAAGGUGGUGACUGCGCAUGAAGUUAUCAAGAGCCACGUUUUACCAGCAAUGGCAAGCGUGGAUUGUCUCGAGAAAGAUCCAUCACUUCUCCUGCAGUACCUGGCUUACUGCGCCUUACACUUUGACAAGCUCGACAAUUGCCGAAGCUGUCAAGCAGAGAAGGACGGACUUUUAUCUCAGCUCAGGAAUACAGCGAUUGUUCUCACUAAGGACGGCCUGCGCAGCGUCGCUGAACACAGCAUACACUUCGGCAAGGAACUGGGCAACAUUGUCGACGUCGAAAAAUUGCUCGAGGAUGCUCCAGUGCCAUGGUGUGAGGUUGAUAGCAAGUACCUCCAGUUCAAUCCAUCACCGGCGUUUUGGCGGAAGUUCUUCAUGUCGCUGGGAGUCAGCGACUUUAUCAACGUGCUGCCGUCGAAGGUGAGGGUCGGGGAUAAAUCAUCUACCGUCUGGAAGAACGAGAGUUGGAAGCACGCGGAUGGGAACACUGCCUGGAUUAUACAAGACUGGGGAUGCGCCGACUCGUUCCGCAUAUGCAACGCUCUUGCACGGAGUGGAAGGCCUGAAAAUUGCAGGCUUUUCCUGACGGUGUUGGACAGUAUGUGGGAUGAGCACUACGAUCGGUUCUCGAAAGGCAGCUACAGUGUGGAAGGUGCUCCCAGCAUUGGUGACGACUGUGAGUCGUCUUUUGUUUUGCAACUCCGAGGGUACACUUGGAUCGGUUCCAGCUUGGACCAUCAACUUCAUAAGCCAACGGAGCUGUUUCACAAAAGCGUGGAAUCGAUGCUAGGAAGCUAUGUUUCCUAUGCCCGGCCUCAGGUUGGUAGUAGCAAACUGGCAAAAGCUUUGGGUCUACAUACAGAGGUGCGACUGGAGGAUAUAAUAAAUUUAAUGAAGCUGCUCAAUGAAAGAGAAAAAGAAGGAAGCUGUUCAAUCAGCAUUGGCCAGAUGGAAAGAGUAUACACGUUUUUGUGCGAGAAAAUGGACAAGCAGGAGUUGCAGAGGCAGUUUGAAUCUUCUACUUACAUAUUUUUACCUUCCGUUCGAGUGACGAGAACCAACGAAAAUGUCACUGGAAAUCUUUAUUCAGCUGCACAGGUUACUUGGGAAGAUCCGUUUGGUUUUGACGAUUCGACGGAUGGGAAAGUUCCUGUCAGAACACUUUGCCACGUUUACUCAGCGGAAAUGCGAGAUUUCUUCGUCGAAGGAUGCUGCGUGCCUGACGUACCUGACUUCGAUGCUUAUAUCAGCAUACUCCAGCACAUUGCUGGAACCGUGCCACCUUCUAAGAUCCUUGACAAGGUUCUGGAGCUUUUUGCUCAUUGGUCGCGAGAACUUGACAAUGGCAAAAUGAAACCGGAAGAGCUGGAUCGUCGAACGAAUGCGUUGCGAGCGAGCGGUGCUCCCAUUUUACCGACAACGCAGAACACUUGGACGGGUUUGACAGAUGCGGACCGCAUAUUGUGCUGGUGUGACGAUGCCAAGCUUGUUGAUGCGUUCGACUACUUAGACAGUGCAGUCAAGUUCGUGGAUGUCGGGAGAUCUUCAGCUCCGAUCAUGUCCUUCUUGACGGGAAUCGGAGUAUCUCGCUUUUCGGAGGUAGUUGAAAAGGAAGCCAUUAUUUAUGGCCCAAAUAGCUCGCCAGAGCUUGAAAACAUCAUUUCGCUGGUUCUUCCAUAUGGUCAGAGGUAUUUGAUACAGUUUCAUCCGGAGAAUUACAGACGCUGCAAGGAAGAUGGGUGUCUUCGUGAAUUUCAGUGCUUCAUUGUGGACAGGCUGUUUUCGCGGUACAAGCUUAAGUCGACAGGAUUUUUUUCGCGUCACAGGAUUCCCUGCAAUUGCUUACUAGAGGACAAUAAACUCUAUGUUUCUUCCACGCAUAUCCAAGAGUAUGCUUCCAUUUUUCUAGAGCUCUCGCGUCUUUUCUUCAGUGGCACGCAACACACGCCUCUAGCCAACUUCUUGCACUUGGUAGCACUUCAAGCCAAGGGUCUGGCGGACGAUGAUGAUUUGGAGUCUCUGGUUUCAAGCUCGCAGAACCUGAUGCCUCUCCCUACGGAAGAGGCGCCCUGGAAGCUGGGAGGGAGCCAGAGGCACAACCCGAGCACGUCAACCAUGGCAGCCCGGGCCGACGAGUUUCUCGAGCGGCAGAGAACAAAAUCGAAGACCGCCAGGCACUCCAUCGAAGCUCCCGGCGAUAGUGCAGUGCUCCAGAAGCAGAAUGUAAUCGAUCUGGACGACUACAACUUCACUGAGCAGCAGGCAGACGACGCUCAAGAGCUCAGCGUGGUCGACCGCGACAAGCUCGUAUCAUCACGUCCGGCAAACCGGGAGCAGCAGGAAGUUACUGGAAGAAACGGCGAGAAGAUGGUAUACGAGCACCUGUGUAGGAAGCACGGCCAGGACGCCAUGGUCUCGUGGGUGAACGAGGAGGUGGAAACGGGCUGUGCUUACGACAUUGUGGUGGAGUGGUCGGACGGGCGGAAGAAGUUUGUGGAGGUGAAGUCGACAAGAUCGAGCAGCAAGGAUUGGUUCGAGUUAUCUCCCUGGGAGUGGGAGUUUGCGAGCAAGAUGGGCGAUGGAUACAGCAUCAUCCGGAUCCAGAUGCUCCAGAACAAGCAGCAGGCUCGGCUUAUGACGUUUGACAAUCCAGUGCAGCUGUGCCGAGACAAAGUCUUGCAGUUGGCCGUGCUGGUUCCACAUUCAUAGGAAGAUAUUCUUUUAAACCCUUCCACUCCAUAUAUUAACUUAUUUGCUUCAAGGUUGAUUCGAAGAUGAGAAGAUCAGGAUGCUUUCUUGCACCUUUGUGAGUUACGUAUGAUUUAUAAAAUACCAUGCAAAUUGACACUUGAA